UCGCAUAUUUUGUAUUUUUACGAGUUUACUAAUUUUCAUGCUAAUAAUUCAGUUAAAACAUGGUUAUUGUAAUCGGUUUUGAAGGCAGUGCCAACAAGAUUGGUGUCGGAAUAGUUUGCGAUGGUCAAGUGCUUGCAAAUGAACGAGAAACCUACAUCACCCCUCCGGGAGAAGGAUUCCUCCCCAAAGAAACAGCUCAACAUCACCGCUCGAAAAUUCAUGCCAUUUUAAAACGCACUCUCGCUGUUUCUGGCGUAACCCCGCAGCAAAUUGAUGUCGUCUGCUACACCAAAGGACCGGGAAUGGCUCCACCGCUGCUGGCAGUGGCCAUCGUUGCUCGGACCAUUGCUCAGAUUUGGAAUAAACCUAUCCUUGGGGUCAAUCACUGCAUCGGACACAUCGAGAUGGGUCGGUUAAUUACCAAAGCUCAGAACCCAACGGUUCUGUAUGUGAGCGGCGGCAACACACAGAUUAUUUCGUACGCAUGCAAACGAUACCGGAUUUUUGGUGAAACCAUCGACAUCGCUAUCGGUAAUUGCUUGGAUCGGUUUGCCCGGAUCAUAAAAUUGUCCAACGAUCCCAGCCCUGGCUACAACAUCGAGCAAAUGGCGAAAAAGGGAACCAAGUAUCUGGCAUUGCCUUAUUCGGUCAAGGGCAUGGAUGUGAGCUUUUCGGGAAUUUUGUCUUUUAUUGAGCAGAAGGCUCGACCGAAAGGAAAGCAGAAAAAGCGGGUGGACGAUGAUAAGUGGUCUGAUGAGGAUUUGUGCUUCUCGCUGCAGGAAACCCUUUUUGCCAUGCUGGUUGAAACGACCGAGCGAGCCAUGGCCCAUUGUGGGUCCAGCGAAGUGCUCAUCGUUGGCGGUGUGGGUUGCAACGAACGUUUACAGCAAAUGAUGGGCAUAAUGUGCGAGGAACGUGGAGCAAAAGUGUUCGCAACAGAUGAGCGAUUCUGCAUCGACAAUGGUGUGAUGAUUGCCCACGCCGGGUGGGAAAUGUUUCGCAGUGGAACCAGAAUGAGCUGGGAAGAGGCAACCAUCACGCAACGUUAUAGGACUGAUGAAGUUCUAGUCACUUGGAGGGACGACUAAUGAAUUGGUAAGUACGUUGAUGUUCACUAAAAAAUCUUUGUUAAGCUGGA